GGGCUAGGAACUUGCUGAUAACUUGUGCUUGAUAAGCAAUUUGGUAUUUUUUAAAAGCUAGAAAGAAUGUUGGAUUUGUUCGAAAUGUGAAGUAAUAAAGUUGUUGAAGAAAAACAUUCAAGACAAUUAUCGUAGAUAAUCCUUGUUAUUCAACACAAACGGAGGCUAUCGUUGAAACAAUUUUGAAAUUCAAGUUGUUAUUUGGACAAUUCAUUUCGCACUACGGUUAAGCGUUGAACAUUGAAAUAUGGACUAAAAGAUGUGAAAUAAUUCAUUUCAUCUUUCUUCGUAUGAACUGCUUCAAUUCAUAUUUGCUUUAAUAAAACGGUUGUAUUGCCAAUAUCUGGUCCUGAACCCCCUCCCUUCAUCAAAAUAUCGAUAUGGAUCCUAACGAAUCAGUUAUGAAUAAAAUGCAACACAAGUACUGGGUGACGAAGCAGACGGUUUUUCGUAAACUAGGUAAAAAGGAAGACGAAUGUAUCGUCGCUUCGGAUUCGGAGCUAGAUGCCAAACUAGAGUUGUUCAAUUCCAUUCAACAGACGACCGGAUGCUUGUUGAAAGUCAUUGGUCGUUAUCAAGGCAACUUGAGCACGCUAGCGGUAGAAGAAAAUGAAAUGGGAAAUUUCAUGAAAGAAUACGGAAAAAUCGACAAUACUAGAGCUGGUAAGAUGAUGGUUGCUGUGGGUACUUCGGUAUCGUACACUGGCCAGCAACGGUUCAUCAUGCAAACUCCGUUGGAUCGUUUAUAUCAGAAAUUAGAAACGUUUCAUAGAAGAGCGAUAGCUGACACGCUUCAAACAGUACAAAAAAUGGAGAAAACGAGGACCGAAUACAGAGCCGUUUUGAACUGGAUGAAAGAUAUUUCGCAAGAACUGGAUCCGGAUACUUAUAAACAAAUGGAAAGAUUUAAAAAAGUUCAAGAACACGUUAAAAUUAGUAAAGCCCGAUUUGAUCGUUUGAAAGGAGUAUGUAUUACGAAAAUUGACGUGUUAGCUGCAUCAAGAAGCAACAUGUUUUCCAACCUUUUGUUACUGUAUGAGAAAUCAUUGCGCGAAUUCACCGAAAAAUGUGCAAAUACGUUUACAGUGAUCGCUAAUAGUUUUAAAGGUUAUCAGCAUUACGAUUUUUGUGUAGUCAAAGAACUAUCUGAUUUGAAACCAGAUUCUUCCAUUAUUGCUCACCAAGAUCAAGAAAUAAACGACGAAACUUUACUGGAAUUCGAAGAAACGAAAAUCAACGCGAAUGAACCGAAUUCGCCGGUGCAGACUGAUAUCAAUGUUGAUAACUUACUUUCGUCAGAAGGCCAGAAUUCGGACGAUUUGUUAUCCGAUAUAUUUUCGCGUUCUUCAUUAUUAUCGCCAUCAUCCGGCUCCAACACGUCGAAUAAUACUUCAAAUAAUUUCUUUUUACCUUCCCAAUUAUUAUCUCUUCAAACUGCGAGUUCGUUGGAACUGCAAAAUGCGGAUAACAAAUCAGUUUCUAUGUCAAAAAAGUUGCCAGAUUCUAGCUCUGCGAAAUCCAGCUCGUGGUUCGACGUAUUUGCCGAAUUAGAUCCGUUAUCCAAUCCUGACGCUAUUGGCAAAUCAUCCGCCGACCAACAUAAAAAUUGCUAACUUCAUGUUCGGAUAGUUCUGAUUAGGUGUGUGUGUGUAUACUGGUGUAAACUUACUUACGCAGGUCACAUACUUUUGUGACUUGUUAAUGCCUAACUGAAUUUUCUGCGGGUCCACGUCGUGUUAUUUUUUUGAUUGGAGGCCCGUGCUUGUUUUUAUUUAAUUUUCGUUACUUUUUCUACAAUCAUGUGAAACAUGCACGGUGUAAUUUUGCCCAAGGAUACCUUUGAAUUGAAGCAUAUUGUACCGAACGCGAAUGCAUUUUUAUAAUAAUUUUUACUUACUACCCGUACUUAUUGCCUAUUUGUAAGGUCCUAUCCGACUAAAUAGUUGCGUAUUACGUUGACAGUAUCGAACUAGGAGAAGUGUUAUUAUGCACUUUAUUUCAAACGAUUGCGAUGAACCGUGAGCGUGAUACAAUACACUCGUAUGUAUGUAUAUAAAUAUUUUUUUUCAAGACCGAAAACGGGUUACUUGAAAAUAAAAAUAUGUUCUAUAACCCUAAACUGAAAAUAUUAUAAGCUGAAAACAGCGCUGUUGUAUGCUUGCAAACUGAAAAUAAAUCAGUUCAGUUUCGGUUAUUAACUUUUGAGAAUAACUACUAGUCAAAACUUAUACAUUUUUUUUUUUUGGUAUGAAAAUGUAUGUACCUUGUACACGUUUUAUAUUAUGAAUUUUAUUUUGUUUUUAAUUGCGCUUACCUAUUUGAAAAUGUUAUACGAUUUUUGUUUAUGUUUUUUGUUUUUUUUUUGGUAGGCUUGUUAAUACACGUAUUCUUAUUAUACAUUUUGUGAAUUUUAUAUGGUGUGGGUGUGCUCGUUUUGCAGGGAAUUCCUGUAGUCGAAGUUUCGUGCGCUACUCUAGUCAAUUCUUGUAAUGGAUAUCGGAUUGAAAACCUUUACUGUUUCUGAAAUUUGAAAAAUGAUACCGAUUCGAAAUGUAACUGAUUGUGAGAAAGUGCCAUUGUUCAGAGUAACAUUAUUUUUAUUAUUUUAUUUUUAUAAGCUAGGAAACGAGCCCUUUUUUUGUACACAUAGUUUGUAUUAUAUGGUUAUCGUUAUCAAGGUGUGAGUCAUAUGUCGGAGUAUGUAUUCGAAUUUUUCGUUCGGCGCAUACAGUCCAAUUUGAUUAUUUACAUGAUGCAACGUAUAAGGCACAAAAUUGACAGGUGACGCGCGCCGAACGAGAAGUGCGAAUACAAUACAUACGUGCUCCGACGUAUGACUCACACCUUGAUAACCAUAUACAAUACAAACUAUUUGUGUACAAAAAAAGGGCUCGUUUCCUAGCUUUUAAAAAUAAAAAUGUUAUCUGAACAGUCAUUAAAAAAAAGUAUGAGCAUUUGCGCGAUGAGGAAACUUUCGUGUAUUGUAUUAAACUAGAAAGUGAAAAAUCAGGGUAGUGUCUGAAAUAGCACAAGAUUUGACUUGCAUAGAAGUAUCCCACUAGUUAUUUGAAAUUGGUCUUCUCAUAGUAUUAGCUGACUUCUACCUACAUGUAUGUAAUGUACUUAUGGCUAUACGUACUCGUAUUUUUACUAAUAAAUUAAGUACCUACAUAUUUUUGCAAAAUAAACGUCGUUUCAAUUUUUGAA